ACACACUUCUCUCUCUGUCAGUACUAACACAGCUAGUCACACACUUCUCUCUCUGUCAGUACUAACACAGCUAGUCCACUAUGAAGCUGCUCAUUCUCCCAGUGCUGUUGACAGCUGUACUGUUCUCAACUACCACAAAAGCCAAGUCCCCUCUACUAUUGAUUAACGGAAUACUUGGAGCAGAGCUGAAUGUGAAAGACGAUCGUAAGAGGUUCUUCGGAGUAUUUAAUCAUGAAUGUAACACGCGUGGAGACUAUGGGGGUCUCUGGGUGGACCUCAUCCAUCUACCAAAAUGUGGAAUCUAUGAGCUAAGCAUGCAGUAUGACCAGGCAACAGGACAGUUUAGUGACAUGCCAGACGUGACUAUUCGAGUGCCAGGCUUUGGUGAAACAGGCAGUGUUGAAUUCUUGGGAUUUGUACCAUAUCUUAGACAGUUUGUGAGCUACUUUGUUGCUCGUGGGUACGUGCGAGGCUGGAGUAUCAGAGCAGCACCCUAUGACUGGCGGCUAGCAGCAGAUGAGCUACAGAGGAGAGGCUACUACAAGCAGCUAAAGGAGCUAGUGCAAACCAUGUACACAGAGAAUGGCAACCAGAAGGUGACCCUAGUGGUCCACAGCAUGGGAGCACUGGUGUCACAUCAUUUCCUCACUAGCUAUGUUAACCAGAAAUGGAAGGACCAGUACAUCCAUGCAUGGGUCACCCUUUCAGGGGCGUGGUCGGGCGGUGUGACUGCUGCCGCUUCCAUUAUCUCGGGGAAAGAAUUCGGAGAGAUCCCAAUCGACUUUUUAGCUGAUUUCGCUUCAAGAGCAGCGGCUGGAUUUAUAGUUCCCAUUGCUCGAAGUAUUGAGAGCUUACCGUGGCUGCUACCCAGGGCCUCAGUGUUCAAGGACAUGCCACUCAUUACAACACCCGGUCGUAGCUACACUGCCGCUGACUAUGAAGAGCUAUUCAAGAGAAUACAAUACACCAAUGGCCACGAAAUUCAUCAAAAACUAAUCCGAAAUCUCAACGUUGAUUAUGCGGCUCCCAACGUCCCCACGUACUGUUACUAUGGAGUGGGCGUUCCUACACCAGAGAGAUUCUACUACGGUAGAGAUUUGGAUGACUCGAUUACCCAGCCGCUCAUGACCAUCAAUGGAGACGGUGAUGGCACAGUGAACUUGGUCAGUUCUCAAGUAUGUCACAGGUGGACAGGGAUGAGGCAAGGCUUCCAACUGAAGCAGUACGAUGGAGUUAGUCACAUUGCCAUCGUGAGUGAGAGAAGGGUGCUGGAUGAUAUAGCACAAAUUGUAGAAGUAAGAAAAGCCACAAGGCGGACCUUCAGGAGAGCCUAGAGAACAUGUACUCCUAAGUAUUACAAAAACUGAACUUUGUGAACAUUGUGUGUAUUUAUUAUUAUUGUGUAAUUAUUAUGUGCUGUGUGUAGAGUGAAUAAUUCUUAUGAUAACCUCUAUAA